AUGAAGAACAAGGCAGAUUCAGAGGCUCCGAGCGAGUCAGCAUCUAAAAAAGCCAAGAUAGAGUCCCCUACCAAAGUGCAUCCGUUCUUUAUCAAGAAAACAAGCAUCAGCACCCAAUCAGUCGCUGAAGCUUCAGACCCCAACGAGGUCCAAUGGAGGAAGAAGGACACAUUAUUAAUAGGAAAAUUUGGUCUCACAAAACCAGGCUCUAAAAUAGCUGCAUUCGACUUUGAUUCAACGUUGGUGACUGUGAAUGGAAAACACGUAUGGCCAAAGGGUGGCGAUGAUUGGAAACUGUUUCAUGCUACCGUGCCUACCAAGCUUCAAGAACUUCAUGAGAAUGGAUUCGCGAUUGUCAUUAUAUCAAAUCAGGGAUCGCAUGCUGCAGACAAGAAGGGGGCCAAGGAAGCUGUGUUCAAAUCUCGAGUCACGCAUUUUGCUAAAGCUGCUCAAGUGCCACUUACAGUAAUCGUAGCUCAGGACUAUGAUUAUUAUCGCAAGCCCUUAUUGGGAGGCUGGGAGCACUUUAUCGAAACCCACAACAUCACCGAAAUCGAUAAAACACUCUCCUUCUUUGUUGGCGACGCAGCAGGCCGUCCCGCAUCCACAUCCUCAAAAAAGGAUUUCUCAGACUCGGACUUAAAAUUCGCAAUGAACUUAGGAAUCCAAUUUCAUGUACCCGAAUCCUUCUUUAUGAAGCAUCCACCACCGAUAUUCCCACCAUUUGAAUUCGACCCGAAGCUCUUAGUGGAUUUGAAAGUACCUGCUGUUGAACCUGAUGGAGAGAUUGCUGAUGGAAGCGGAGGACAACAGGAGUUGGUAUUGUUUUGCGGCAGUCCUGCAUGUGGCAAGACGAGUUUUUAUAAGAAACAUUUUCAGAGUGUUGGGCAUCUACAUGUGAAUCAGGACACUCUCAAAACAAGAAGCAAAUGUCUAGCGGUCGCUAAAGCAGCAUUGUUGGAAGGAAAAUCUUGUGUGAUUGACAACACUAACGCAGAAAUAGCAACCCGCAAACUAUAUAUCGACCUAGCUAGGAGUAUAUCGGACACAAUCCGCAUCCGGCUCUUCCAUUUCGUGUCAUCAGCAGCACUAUGUAGCCACAACAAUGUCUUUCGAGCCUGCAAAGGAGUCGCAAAACUACUACCCACUAUCGCAUUCUCAUCAUAUGCUUCCAGGUACCAGGCCCCGACUGUCUCUGAAGGAUUUACAGAGAUUCGAAAUGUGAAUUUCGUGCCUAGGUUUGAAAGUGAAGCUGAUAGGCAACGAUAUAUGCUUUGGCAUAUCUGA